AUGCCACGGAUCCCAACGUCGCUCAUCCGCAAGGCGCGCGCAAUCGAUCCCUACCUGCCUGCUCUUCUUGGGCCCUGUCGCGAACUGCAGGCCGCCCAGAACGAGCUGCGAUGGCUCCGCGAACAUGUCGACAAAGUCGCGAAAGCGCGUCGCGCCAAAGGAGACACGAUAGCCAAGGCUUCUCUACUGCAACAAUUAGUCAAGGAUAGAGCCGCCGGGAAGCCAUUGCAGUAUCUGCUGGGCACAGAGUACUUUGGCGACCUGGAAAUUCGCUCCGGUCUCCUACGACAUGCAAAAGAACUCCCCUCCGAAGUACGCGUACUCGACCUCUGCACCGGCACCGGCUGCAUACCCCUCCUCUUCCACCACGAAUUGUCUUCCGCCUCCGACAAAGUAGACCUGCGUCUUCUUGGUGUCGACAUCUCCGACAAAGCCCUUGAUCUCGCGAGAUACAAUCUCCAAAAGCUACGCAAGACGCGACAGCUCCAAGACACUGGGAAAGUCGACUUCAUACAGGCGGACGUCUUGAUCAAUCCCUUUGACGACCAGACUGAAGGCGUCUUGUCGCUGACGGCAGCGCUCAAUUGGGCGGGGCAACCGUCCUUUUGGGACAUUAUCAUCUCCAACCCACCGUACAUCUCGCCAGCUGCCUUCUGGUACACCACAACGCGCUCAGUACGCGGUUUCGAGCCAAAGCUCGCGCUGGUGCCUCCACGGAGGAUCAAGCAGACGGAUAAAGAGCAAGGCGAUCGCUUCUAUCCGCGCCUGCUCCAGAUCGCCAGAGACGUAGAAGCCAAAGUCGUCCUGUUCGAGGUCGCAGACAUGGAGCAGGCGCUUCGCGUGGCGCAGAACGCACGAAAUCUAGACAUCUUCGACGGCGUUGAGAUAUGGCGGGAACAACCCGAUGCCACCGGAGACAAUGCGACCGAGGAUGGGUUCGAAGUUGUUGGACAAGGCAACGCCCGAUCCGUACUCUGCUGGCGUGGCCGUGGUACAUCCUGGCUUGGCAAGCCUGCGCCGCCAUCUUCACCACGCGACGAUGCAGAUCGUCUCUUCCGAAGCGCACACACCAAGACGAAAGAUGCAGAAGAAAAGGUUGCAGAAGUUACUGAGAAGCAGCGAUUGGAACCGCAUUUUGACUUGAGCUACUUCACUGAUACGAAGUACACUGAGAUUCCCCUCCGUCGACAGCCUAAUUGUCGGAUGCCUAACGAUGAUGAAUUGCGAGAGGAGGCAAGUAAAAGAGCUGUUUCUUCGAUCAAGAGAGCGAUAUCUGAACAAGCGAAAGACAAGGACAGGUAA